ACAAUCAGAGCUUUACUCAUCUCUUAACUUCCUCUGGAUUUUUCCCGAUUCUUCAUCUUUUUCUCAAUACUCAACAAGUACUACAACUACCAGUUUUGCAUAUAUAUGUACCUGCAAUCAUAGCUGAUAUCAUUCAAAGGGAUUUGAAGAGCAGAAAAUGGAGCUGGGUUUUCUUCUGCACGCCUUAAUUCCGUCCUGGAACUCUGUUGGUAUAUUGGCCAUAUAUCUCGCCUACAUUGCGAUUGCUUCAUUUAUAUUACCUGCAAAAGUUGUUCCUGGAAUGAUCAUGCAGGAUGGCACUCGUCUUCAUUAUCGCUGCAAUGGGUUGUUAACUCUACUUUCGUUAAUUGGCCUUCUUGGGCUUGGUUCUAAAAUGAAUUUAGUAUCACCCACGCUGAUAUCAGACAGAGGACUGGAGCUGCUAUCAGCAUCUUUUAUAUUCAGUUUUCCUUUAACUACAGCUCUCUACAUUGCUGGCUGCAGGUGCAGCAGUCAAGCUUCCUCGUUAAAGCCUAAUUUAACAGGAGACUUAAUACUUGACUGGUAUAUGGGAGUACAGCUAAAUCCUCAUUUUAUGGGUAUUGAUCUCAAAUUCUUCUUUCUUAGAGCUGGGAUGAUGGGAUGGAUACUCAUCAAUCUAUCAAAUCUAGCAAAAAGUGUCCAAACUGGCACCUUGAGUCUGUCAAUGAUCCUCUACCAACUAUUCUGUCUGAUACAUGUUAUGGAAGUUUUGUAUCAUGAGGAGCAGUUGACCUCCAACUGGGACAUAAUGGUUGAGAGAUUGGGCUUCAUGUUGGUGGGUGGAUUUCUGGUCUGGGCUGCUUUCAUGGGUACCAUCCAGGGUUGGUGGCUUUUGCAUAACCGAGUGGAGUUAUCAAGAGCAGCUGCAAUAGCAACUUGCUUAAUCUAUCUGAUUGGGGUUCUUGGAUAUAGAGGAGCCAAUAAGCAAAAGCAUACAUUCAAAAAGAAUCCUAAAGCACUUAUAUGGGGCAAGCCUCCAAAGGUAAUUGGGGGAAAGUUGCUAGCUUCAGGCUAUUGGGGAAUUGCAAGGCACUAUAACUACUUUGGGGAUUUCUUGCUAUCACUUUCCUUCAGUCUGACUUGUGGCAUAAGUUCUCCAAUUCCAUACAUCUACCCCAUUUGUCUGGUGUUUUUUUUCGUGUCAAGGGAAAGAAGAGAUGAAGCUCGGUGUGCUGAAAAGUACAAAGAAAUAUGGGCAGAAUACUUUAAAGUUGUCCCUUGGAGAAUAAAACCAUACUUGUAUUAGUCACCAAAUGUUGCAGCUGCUGGAAACUUAAGGUUCCGUGUCAGUUAAAAUUCUAUUACGCAAGUAUACGUAUUAAAUAGAUAGUAUAUUAACAAGCAGAGU